AUGCGGCGGUUCUGGAUACAAUGGCACGGCCUUCGCUCAAUUUCUUCGUUCCUCGAGAGCAUGACCCCGGAUAUCUCCCGCCAGAGUGAAGUGAAGGACUCGGUUGUUGAUAUUGUUGGAGCGUUGGUGUGGAUUCUUCAGUAUAAAAGUCAAGCUGUUGUUAAGUCUUUGAAACUUAACGUUCUGAAGCUGACCAGAAAUAUUCAAGACUUGAAAGAUAACAUGGUCCCAUCAGUUGAGCAUAAUGGCAAAAUCAUGGGGGAGAUUCUUGAUUUGAUCAAGUACUUAUAUAGCAACUUUGAAGGGCCUUCUCUUAUUCCUAAUGAUGAUGUGACUGACAAUGCCUAG